AUGAAAAAUAUCUAUCUAUCUAUCUAUCUAUCUAUCUAUCUAUCUAUGACUGUUGUUUUGUUUCUUUCUAUUUUUUCUUUCUUUCUUUCUUUCUUUCUUUCUUUCUUUCUUUCUUUCACUUUUCUUUUUUUCUAUCUAUCUAUCUAUCUAUCUAUCUAUCUAUCUAUCUAUCUAUCUAUCUCUGUAGUUUUCUUUCUUUUUUCUUUCUUUCUUUCUAUGUUUUUUCUUUCUUUCUUUCACUUUUCUUUUUUCUAUCUAUCUAUCUAUCUAUCUAUCUAUGACUGUCGUUUUCUUUUUUCUUUCUUUCUUUUCUUUCUUUUUAUGUUUUUCUUUCUUUCUUUCUUUCUUUCUUUCUUUUAUUCUUUCUUUCACUUUUCCUUUUUCUAUCUAUCUAUCUAUCUAUCUAUCUAUCUAUCUAUGACUGUCGUUUUCUUUCUUUCUUUUUUCUUUCUUUCUUUCAAUGUUUUUCCUUUCUUUCUUUCACUUUUCUUUUUUUCUUUCUAUCUAUCUAUCUAUCUAUCUAUCUAUCUAUCUAUCUAUCUAUCUAUCUAA